CGGAAAAAGAAAGUGAUAGGCUAACAAACUAUAAACGGCGAAUGUUUUAAUUUGUGUUUUGUUUUAUUUUAAUACAAAUAAUGUUAACUAGAGACGAUUUGUAACCCUUUUUUACAUACGUUUUAAAUAUAAGCAUAGCAGCGGCUACGUCAAGAUGGCCAAAACUUCUCGCUCCAGCAACGCGAUGUUUUUCAUGGUACCUGACGAACAGGGAAACCAAAACUUUAGUUUAAACAGCGCGUGCUCGCGAGGCACACUCCUGAGCUGGCAAUGAUAGGUCGUAUUAUGCAAUGGAAAGUCAUACUUUGCUUUUGCAUCGCCAUCAGCUUUGUGACCGUUUACCUCAGGUUUGAAAACAAGCUUGCACUGCUCGAGUCUUCACGUUUAAAACUGACGGAGACAGUUGGUAGGCUACAGCUAUUUUAUCUCAAUGAACGGCUGCAUGACUUCCCUCCUGUGCAAGAGAGCCGUACUGAUGCACCUUUGGAUGACUUUGGGUUACCUGAGAAGACAAUGGACAAUCUUGUCAUUUUGUACAACCGUGUUCCCAAGACUGGAAGCACCAGCUUCAUGGGUGUUGCAUAUGAUUUGUGUGCUACCAACAAGUUUCAUGUGCUCCACUUGAACACAUCUAAGAACAUGCAUGUCAUGUCACUCCCAGAUCAGAUUAGGUUUGUCUACAAUAUUUCCCUGUGGCAUUACAUGAAACCUGCUAUUUACCAUGGGCACAUCGCAUUCCUCAACUUUGCAAAGUAUGGCGUCAUCCAGAGGCCUGUCUACAUCAAUCUCAUCAGACGGCCUCUAGAUCGUCUCGUCUCAUAUUUCUAUUUUCUCAGGCAUGGAGAUGACUUCAGGCCUUACUUGGUUCGCCGAAGACAAGGCAACAAGAUGACUUUUGAUGAAUGCGUUGCCAAGAAAGGGGCGGACUGUGCAGAAGAACGGCUAUGGCUUCAAGUGCCAUUUUUCUGUGGGCAUGCUGCAAGGUGCUGGAUUCCAGGAAACCCAUGGGCCUUGGAGCAGGCAAAGCACAAUCUCGUGAACCACUAUUUCCUUGUUGGGCUGACAGAACAGUUGCCAGAAUUUGUGGCCAUGCUUGAGGCAUCUUUUCCUCGGAUAUUCAAGGGAGCCACCAACAAGUUUAUUACAGGAAAGAGGUCACAUCUUCGGAAAACUUUCAACAAGGUACAACCAAGCCAGGAGACCAUAGAACACUUCAAGAGCUCGCCAAUCUGGCAGAUGGAGAACGAAUUUUAUGAAUUUGCAGCUGAGCAGUUUGAGUUUACCAAAAGGCGGACUUUAGCAGCAACUCAAGAUGGGCAGCUGACUGAGCUUGGCCAGCAGUUUUUCUACGAGAAGAUUCGUCCCAAGUGAUUGGUGACAGUGUAGUGUGUGACCUGGUUUUGAACCUGAACUGCCUUAACUAGGCUGAAUCCAUCAAGCCAUUCUUUUUUUUCUCGGGCCUGUGCAAAUGUCUCACCUUGGCUCUUGUUAUUGAAAGCCAGGAUCAGACGCAAGGGAGUAGGCAGGUACCAAAGUAUUAAUCACUAUAAACUUUGGUGCUAAACUUUGGCAGGGACAUUCAACAGCACCAUCCUUUUCACAUGUCUACAUGGCUUUGCUAUGUGUGGGUAACACAUGUGAAAAGAAAAUGUGGACUGUUCUUCCACAUGCUGGUAACACUCUUGUCAUUAACCAAAAAAGUUUAGACUUUAGAAGCUCAUUUUUAUGACACAUAUUGAUGGCUUACUUUGUGUGAUUUUUAUAAUGAUGAGAACGUGUGAUUCUUGAGAUUAUUUGCAUUUAGAAUGGGGAAGUCACUACCUAAAGUUUGGGUAGGGAAAGCCAGUUGGUACAACUGCAUUGUCAUUAGUCAAGCAUAACUCGUAAAUUGGUUGGCUUUAGCUGAUAUGAUUUAUUGCUGAGUCAAACGCACAAGUGGUUAGAUGACCUAGUCUGCUUAUCAUUUGUCAUGAAUGAAAGAAGAUCUGUUAAGGAGUGUUUGAUCAGGGUUCAGUGUUUGUAGGGAAACCUCAAUACUGCAAAAAAUGUGCAUUGAACAUAGUUUGAAAUUAAAAGGAUGUGGCUAAUAUGGAGCAUGGUGCCGAAAUGUGGCAGCACCCCAUCACAGGCACCACAUCUGAGUUGCCACUAUUGAGUAAUGUUGGCUAUUGACCUAUAGCAUGCUAUCUAUUGUUCGGCAUCCAAUAACAGGCACCAUCAGCUCCAAAGAGAGUGAGCAUGGUUCUCUUUUGGAAAAGAGGGCACCUGAUAAAAUGGCAACUUCGUGCUUCGCUUCGAAACAUUCUUGGCCAUGCAAAAUUGCAAGAUUAGGCUGAGCUAUUCAUAGCAGUGUCUACUUUCUGCAGGAUGUGUUUUCUAGCAAAACUGGAGAGGUGAUUUAUUACCCUAACCAAGAACCCCCACCACCUUUGCCAAAUAGUUUCUUGAGUUUUACAUGCGAAAGCCGCAGUAUGAGGCAAGUAAAAUCUUGCACCAAGUGUUGGAAGUGGUUGAACUUGAUGUGUAGGUCCUUAACACCCGCCAAGCAGAAACUGGAACAUACAGAUCUUCUUAUUUGAAUAGAGGCAGAAUAAAUAAAAAAACAUACUUAAAAAGCUUAAUUAUCAUUAUCUACUUGGGUUAGUAGCUGAAUGGAUGGAGCAUCAAAUUGCCUGAAUUAUAAUUAAAAAUGAGGCUUUUGUGGAAAGUAGUGCCCCUCUUGUGUAGUAACGAAUGCUUGCUUAACGUCCUGUGGUGACCUUUGCUGUUUCAUUGAGUGUUUCAGUAUGGUGAAGGGGUUAAGGAGGAUAAACGCUUUCUCAAGUUUUUUUAUUGAGCAGCUAGAGUGGUGUGUAACGUGGGGCUCACCAGAUGACUUGAUGAAAGCACUUGUUGCACAACUAGUGGAUGACAGUUUUUAUAAAGGCCAUACAUGCACAUACUUUAUGGUAAAAAAAGGAAGACCAUACCAUUGUUCAAACUUUUAGGGCCAAAAAACAGCCUGUCACGCAGAUUUUAUUCAACAUUUUUUUUUACUUUUUACCCUGAUCAUUUCACAGAUAAGCAUACUCAUUUUGUUGCAGUCUAGUUGCUACUUGUGCUGUGCUUGUUACCACAUCUUCGCACACAUUCCUUUAGUCUCAUGUUAUGUAUAGCUUUUCAAUUAGCCUCAGUGUUUAACAUUUUGGCAGCCACUGCAGCUGUGUCUCCUUGAGGAAAACAAAAAGUCACUGCUUUGCCGCAAAGGGGAAGCAAUUAAUGUGAUAGCACCAAGUUGGAAGGUCAUGCGCACAAUGGCAAACAGAUGAAAAUGUGCCCCGCGUUUCUCAUGCACAAAUGACGCACAAAACAUACCCACUGGUACAGAGGAGCACGAAUAAGCAUCUCAGUUGUUGAUUCGCUGUAUUUGAAAAGCGGGCCCUUUAACUAACGGAGACUGUGCAACACUUGCAGUGACCUUUGUGCACCCGGUAACUACAACAGAAUCAUUCCGGUGAAGCUCGUAGUGUACAAUUGUCAUUACCACGAGAUAAGCAAGCGCAUGCGUGAGCGUCCACCCUGCCCCCUCUCCGCAGGGCAAAGUACGCAUGGGACAUGAGAGUGCACGCCGCCACGCCGUGACAAUGUAGCGACAUGAGCUCAUUGCGCGGUCUCACUGGUAAUGCUGAAAACAUGAUAGUUCCCCCCGAGAUGCCGAUCACCAGGGGUAAGUGGUAGAUAUGAAUAGCUUGCCGUUUGAACAUUGAAGGCGGUGCUCCUUUGUGGCGCAGUGGCUAAUGCCUUGCACUCACAAUACAGAGGUUCGAUUCCGUGCGCGAGACUCUUUUUCUGGAUUAUUUUUCUUUCUUGCAUUUUCAUAAUAUAGAUACAGAUACAUAUACGGUGAAUGACGGUGACGCUGACACUGGUGGCAAACUUUAGGCAAGAGUGUCCAUAUAAUUGCUAUUGCAAUAAAAACAAAACAAAGUGCAAAGAGUAUACACAGCAUCUUAAGGUUUCUCUUGACAUGGCACACGUUGCGGGAGUUCCAAAUUCUGAAAAAAUAUUUUACAUAGCAAAUUUUGUUUAAAACAAUGCAUAAUUACUUUGUAUAGGAUGAAGACCACUAGCACAUGUAGUUGGUUUUUUCCAAGUGAAGCUGAAAGUUCUGAAUCCUGACUGAUAUUUUCAAACUUAGUUAUAGUGAAAUUUCAUAACACAUUGGAAUAUUUUUGUCAUAGUAUCUAUAUUUUCUAUAAGCAUACAUCUGGCAAAAAGAAAAAAAAAGUGAUUAUGUCCACAUAAAAUAAAGGCAUGCACAGUGCCUCCAAUAGGCCAGUGAAGGUUCUCUUCCAUAUUUUGGCUUAUUGGCAUCUUGCUCUACCGGUAAAAAGCAUGGACAGAGCAAUAAGCGAAAUACAUGUGCUCUGCACCACCGCAUGCAAAAACUGUGGUUAGUUUUCUCAUGUGGCUUGGAGACCCUUUAAGGAGUUCCACUUUUUUUUUGUCUCCUCCCUCUUUUUCUUUUUGCUUCUCUUUAUGUUGGUUUUCCUCACCUGGAUCAGUGUGUCUAUUAAUCAAUGUUUUUUGUGCUAAUUUCAAAUUAGUUUAUUUGCUCUCAUCAACUUUCUUUACAUUCCUUGCAAUUAAUCUGUACAGUUCUCCAUGUUUUGUUACAAGGUCUGUGUUUACCUGAUAGAAGUUUCGAGGGACACAGGAGAAAAAAGUUAGUUAUUACUGAUAAAGUAUUUUUGGAAAACUCUGUUGUCAAGUUCACAAUAGUAAACCACUUUCCGUAGUAAAAGUGGCAUUCUUAGUAUUUUGGAUGGGUAAUUUAACUAACAGUGCUUGUGAAAUCACAUUGCCCUUUCGCAUCUUUUCGCAUCUCAAGGCCACAUUAUAGUGGUUGUCCGACAGAAUGUAUUCUGUUUGUUGAUUGUCUGAUUUGGUUUAUCUGCUCACGACUCAGUGUUAGACUUGCUUUGGUAGAAGGAACAUAUGAGGUCUAAUGUUUCCCUGAAUAAACAAAUAAAAUAAUUGCCACCGUUAUCUCAAUAAUAGGCCUCGCUUAAAUUUUUUGUAAACAAUCCUGCAGAAAUAAUUGUGUUUGUCAUGCGAGCUUUCACAGUGCCGUAAUUCGUACAACAAACAAAUAAAGUGGUAAUUUCAGCACGCA